CAGACGAGCCGCAGGGCCGUGCAGCCGGGCAGUGAAGCGAGCUGUCUGGCCUUUAGCCCUUCAUCCUUGGUUAAGGAAAUGACCAACCAGUACAGUAUUCUCUUCAAACAAGAGCAAGCCCAUGAUGAUGCCAUUUGGUCAGUUGCCUGGGGGACAAACAAGAAAGAAAACUCUGAGACGGUGGUCACAGGAUCCCUGGAUGACCUGGUGAAGGUCUGGAAAUGGCGUGAUGAGAAGCUGGACCUACAGUGGAGUCUGGAGGGCCAUCAGCUGGGUGUGGUGUCUGUGGACAUCAGCCACACCCUGCCCAUUGCUGCGUCCAGUUCUCUUGAUGCUCAUAUUCGUCUCUGGGACUUGGAAAACGGCAAACAGAUAAAGUCUAUAGAUGCAGGACCUGUGGAUGCCUGGACUUUGGCCUUUUCUCCUGAUUCCCAGUAUCUGGCCACAGGAACUCAUGUGGGGAAAGUGAACAUUUUUGGUGUGGAAAGUGGGAAAAAGGAAUAUUCUUUGGACACAAGAGGAAAAUUCAUUCUUAGUAUUGCAUAUAGUCCUGAUGGGAAGUAUCUGGCCAGUGGAGCCAUAGACGGAAUCAUCAAUAUUUUUGAUAUUGCAACCGGGAAACUUCUGCACACGCUGGAAGGCCACGCUAUGCCCAUUCGCUCCUUGACUUUUUCCCCGGAUUCGCAGCUCCUUGUCACUGCUUCAGAUGAUGGCUACAUCAAGAUCUAUGAUGUACAGCACGCUAACUUGGCUGGCACAUUGAGUGGCCAUGCAUCCUGGGUGCUGAACGUUGCAUUUUGUCCUGAUGACACACACUUUGUUUCCAGCUCAUCUGACAAAAGUGUAAAAGUUUGGGAUGUUGGAACGAGGACUUGUGUUCACACCUUCUUUGACCACCAGGAUCAGGUCUGGGGAGUAAAAUACAAUGGAAAUGGCUCAAAGAUUGUGUCUGUCGGAGAUGAUCAGGAAAUUCACAUCUACGAUUGUCCAACUUAAACAUCAAUCUUCCAGGCUAAUGCUGCAGAAAGAAUGUAUAGAUUGAUCAUGACAUUCCUUACCUUUCUAGCUUGUUUAAAAGAAAUAUAGCAUUUAUUGUAGCAAACACUUAAAUUUUGUAGAUACAGUAUAAAUCUUUUCAUGUUUUAUUGGAAACGCCAUUCAUACUGUAACAUAAAGUGUUCUUAAUGCAGACACCCAUGUUCUUGAACAUGCUUCGUUUUCAUUUGCCCUGUUACUGGUAGAACAGUGAGAGGAAUCAGCAUCCUUAUGUGAAACCGAGUAUCUGCCUCAGAAAUGAAUACAUCCAGGCACUUACUGAACUUUCCAGUACAGAAAUUCAGGCUCACUCUUCCAAGGAAUGAGUCAUGCAGAAGCUGUAAGAGAAAAGCUAAUCUAUUUCAGAAUGGGAUCCUGAAGGAAACAGGAUAUGUGACUGGGUGGGAACAUUCUGUAGUCCUAUCUGGGCAUUCUUCUAUUUGACAGAUUAAAAAAUGUCCCCUGUCACACUCUUUUUCACCCUAUUAAUUUUAGAGAAGCUGUAACUUGCUGGGUGGGUAUUACUGCCUUGACAGUGUCUACAGGCUCAAACCUGUACUUACUCUGGUUGACCUCUUGCCUGGAGGUACGUGUACCUCAGUUUUCUCCUCGGCGACCCACUUGAGACAUGGUCUGCGUGUAAUAGGAAAGGUGAAGCCCUUUGUGAUAUGGCUGUGCAAGGAGAGGAACCAUCCUUUGGAAGGGAGUUCAAUCUGGGAGAAUGAGGUGGUGCCUUUCCAGACCCUCAAGUCAUCCAGGAUCACUGGGCAGACAGGGAAGCUGGCUGUGCCACAGGGCUGAACCACCAGCAUCUCCCGUGGAUUCCGUUGCACUGAGGCUGCUGCAGACAUGGAUGGUUUCGUUAUCUUUACAAGUGUCACACUUCUUGUUGAUCUCAGCACAACUCCUCAGGCUUCUGCUUCUAACUCACCGCGGGGCAGGGAAACUGUGGGACCAAGCAUGGGCAACCACGUGUAAGAGAAGGAAAGAGAUGAUGAGCCAGCUCUUCCGUGAGGUACAAAUCUGCCUUCAGGGGGAUCACACCCUGGUGAAGCUCUUAAGGCACUUUUUUCUUUAAUCUCCUGAUUCUCAGCCAUGCUCAAGACAGCCUAAAGGCCUCUGGCGAGGAAGGCACUUCAGUAGCAGAAGAGAGAAGAGGAAAUGAAGGAAAGAGAAAUAAGCCAAAA